UAAAAAUACGAAACCCGCGUGAGUUUUGGAUCUCGUGGCGUCUCCAGAACCUAAGGAUUUUCCCAACGGCAAAACUGUUCCGGUGUUCCAAUAAUGUCGGGGGCACGGUCGGAGUCACGGCUCGAGUCGCUUCCGAUGGAGUUGCUGUUUAAAAUAGUUUGCCACUUGCCGCACGACCAACUGAAGCCUGUUUUUCAUGUUUCUAAAAGAAUUAGAGAAGCUGUUCAGACUGCAAAGAAAACCCACUUUGACUAUACAACUCCGCGGCGUCGGUCUGGUCGUGUGAGCACACCGCCGGCGGAACACUUGCCUUUUCCAUGGGAGAUGAUGGGAAGGGUGUUUUGACGCCAAGCCAAAGUCCCCCGCCGGCACCAAGGCGUCGUCGGCCACGUUCUCGUCUCAAUUUCUCCGAUCAGCCCCUGAGCGAACCCUUGCCUCUUGAUCGAGCUCUAUCCUAUGAGAUUGAGGAUGAGUUAAGCCGGGAUGUUGCUCAGAUUCAACUCGGUUGACUUUGUUUUCUGGUUUCUAAGUGCCACGUCUUCGUCUGUCUCGGUGUAUAGUUCCCGUAUAUGUUUGAAAGAAUUGCUUAUUCUUUCUUCUUAGCCGGACAAAUCGUGUUUCUUCUAUAGAAGAUAGUUGGAAUUUGUUGUAAUUUUUUUUUUUUUUACUCCGGUCUCAAGGGCUCCGCUUUAUGAGAACUCAUUGAGUGGUCUUGCCCUCUCAAUAUUCGAGCUAUCCCUUGAGAUCGGAACUUCUUGUAAUUUGUGUAUAAAUGGAAAGGCAUUGGCAGGAGGAAAUCAAGAAAAUACUUUUUUAU